UAUGAAAAAUCUCAUAAUAAGAUAUGCAGCUAGUGUUGCAAAGCCAGGAUAAUAAUUCCUUGUUUUAUUUGGUGCCCCUGGAGUAAUAAUGUUAAUUAAUAUGAAAUUAGGUUGGUAAAGGAACAUUUGCAAAAUUAUUGAUCAAGGAUACUAAAUUUAACCAUAUAUCAACAGGAGAUGAAAUUCGUAAGAUUUUAAAAGGCAAUACAUCUUAAUCAUUUGAUCCAAAAUUAAUUGCUACAAUUAAGGAUAUUGUAGCAAAGGGUGGUCUUGUGUCAGAUGAAAUUGUGAUGAAUAUCUUAUAAGAAAAAUUAAAGGAACCAGAAUCUGCAAAGGGAGUAAUUUUAGAUGGAUUUCCAAGAACAUUAAGAUAAUUAGACUUAUAUGAAAAGAUUUUACCAACAAAUGUUGUUGUUAAUGUAACUUUAAGAGCAGAUAUUUUACUUGAAAAAUUAGCUGCGUAUUAUUUAAUAAAAAUAUUUAAGUCGUCGUACAUGUGUGGGCUGUGGAACUGCUUUCAAUAUUUGUGAUAUUAAUAGAGAUGGAUAUGUUAUGGAACCAUUAAAUCCAAAGAAGGAAGGUAUCUGUGAUGCUUGUGGUGGUAAAUUAGUGGUUAGAGAUGAUGAUAAGAAAGAAGUAUAAUAAUUAAAUUAAUCUUUAGGUUAUAGAAUAAAGAAUGAAAGAAUAUGAAGAAAAAACCCAUCCUUUAUUAGAAAGAUACAGAGCUAUGAGUGCAGUUAUAGAUUUUGAAGUUAAGAGAGGAAAAAAGGAUUAUCCAAGAUUAUGGGAUUUAGUAAAAUAAUAAUUAAGAGUCUGAA